UAAAGACAUCUAUUUGCAAUAUCGUCAGAAUGUCAUUCAAGAAUCUAAUUAUUCAUACAAUUUUCCAACUUGAAAUAGACACACUAGGACUGGAUAUCAUAAGUAAUUUUUGAGCAUAAUAUUUGGAAUUUUUUAUUAAGUGGCAUUAUAUAUAAUAAGAAAUUGGAACAAAUAAUAACUAAGGAUAACCAAUUAUUAUGAUGUAUUUUCCAUCACUAAUGGUUAAGUAGAGGAUAUAUAUAAAUGGAACAAUUUAAAUCAAAAAUUUGACAGGAACAAAAAUGUAUUAUCAUGUUGCAAGAGAUAAAUAAAGUAAAAACUAUUUGAAAGGAUACAUCAGUGGUUUGUAAUUAAGCUCUUAUUGCACAACUCCAAUUAAUACACUCUCUCCUAAUUGUCAUUAUUCAAGUCUGACCUGCUAUGGCCCUAAUAGCAUUAACUGUUUAUCUUGUCAAUUAAAUAGUCAAAGAAUUUAAUCUAUUACUUAAAAGAUUUGUGCUUGCAAAAAAAAAUAUGUAGAUAUUGAAAAUGAAUUAAUUUGCAAACCACUAUCAGAAAUCUUUCCAUAAAUGAAAGAGGUGGAAUAGGAAUUAAAUUGUGAUACUCUAGGUAAUGAUGUGUUUACUAUAGAGAAAAAAUUAAUGUUCAUUUGGUUAUUUCUAAUAUGAAGAAUAUUGCUUAUAAUGGUAUCUUAUAAAUAAAAUAUAGUCCUGGUUAUUCAUCAUUUAAUACAAAGAAGUAGGAUUUAAUUUUCAAAUAAUUUGUUUUAACCAGAUAACUUUUAAAAAUUUUAAGUGUACACAAGACACAAUCAUAUAUGAAUAUAAUGAAAAUUUUUCAUAUUAAACUGUCAACAGAAUGGAGAGAAAUAUAGAAUUUUAAAUAUAAUUUAAAAUGGAAAUGGAGAUUAUGA